ACAAUUAAGAGAUUGUGAGAAAAAUUUUUUAAGCGUUGCGAGCAGCAUACCUGCAACAGCAACAAAUUUUUAAGCGUUGCGAGCAGCAUACCUGUAACAGCAACAAAUUUUUAAGCGUUGCGAGCAGCAGACCUGCAACAACAACACAUUUUUCAAGCGUUGCGACCGCCAGCAGUAUACCUGCACUUAACGGAGAAGCGGUGCAAACGCCCUACUGGAGCAUAAAAGGCGUAAGCGGUGCGACCCCAGCACUACCAACAAUUUCACUACAAACCGGACAGAACCCCUACCCGAGGAGGCGGAACGGAAAAAUAAAUCAAACCGGCUAAGUGAAAGCACCCAUGGCUGAGUCACGAAAGGAUUCCCCCAAGUGCCGACUGUGUGGCCGACUCCACCCGCUGCGCUUGUGUACCGCUUUCCGCGCUAUGGAUGCCCACGACCGCUAUGAGUGUGCACGCUUGCACAAAUAUUGUGUGAACUGUUUGGCGACUUCACACUCCACCGGAGCCUGCGAUUCCGAGGACAGCUGCCAUCGAUGUGGCUUAGGGCACCACACCCUACUCCAUCGAGAGAAGCGGGGCACCACGCGCCAGAAGAAGGGAAGUGUUAGGGCCGAGCUACACAGCCGUUCUGCUCAGCAACGGGCUCGGAGGUUGCGGCGACUGAUUGCUGAAGCCCGAAACAUCAUGGACAAACUCGAAAGGGAGCUGCUGCACUUGGCACCGAGGCAGGCGGGGCGCCAUGUUGGAGACAUGAGCCCUUAAUUUACCAUUAAUUCGUGUCCAUUUUUUAUUUCAUCUGGCCAGGCGGGCACCAGAGUAGUUGGCAACGAGCGCCUUGCCUUAUCCGCCCACCACCGAGUUGGUAAUUUUUAAUUGCUCAACAGCCGCCCAAGCGACAACAUCACCAAAUCAAAUUAGCCUAAACUCGUGCAUCUCCAUAUAUAUCAAUUAAACUCUAACGUGUAAUCACAUUAAACGAAUAAA